UCUCUCCAAGAUGGCCCCCAAAAGAAGGAAUAAAGGCAAAGCUCUUGAGGAAACCACGGAAGGAGUUACCUUGAAGAAGGUUACUUUUAAAGAUGUGGCGGUGUACUUCACCCAAGAAGAAUGGCAACUGCUGGACCCGAGGCAGAGAGCAUUGUAUGAGGUGGUGAUGAUGGAGAACUAUGGGAAUGUGUCCUCCUUGGAAGAACUUGAGUCACACCUGAGAAUUGACACUGGAGAGAAACCUUACAGAUGCUACCAGUGUGGGAAAGGCUUUGCUUGCAAGUCAAGCCUUGUGUUCCAUCAGAGAAGCCACACAGGGGAGAAACCUUUCAGAUGCCAGCAGUGUGGGAAAGGCUUUGCUUGGAAGUAUGGCCUUGUGGUCCAUCAGAGAAGCCACACAGGGGAGAAACCUUACAGAUGCCAGCAGUGUGGGAAAGGCUUUGCUUGCAAGUCAAGCCUUGUGUUCCAUCAGAGAAGCCACACAGGGGAGAAACCUUUCAAAUGCCAGCAGUGUGGGAAAGGCUUUGCUUGGAAGUAUGGCCUUGUGCGUCAUCAGAGAGGCCACACAGGAGAGAAACCUUACAGAUGCCAGAAGUGUGGGAAAGGCUUUGCUCGGAAGUAUGGCCUUGUGCGUCAUCAGAGAGGCCACACAGGAGAGAAACCUUACAGAUGCCAGAAGUGUGGGAAAGGCUUUGCUGGGAAGUAUGGCCUUGUGCGUCAUCAGAGAGGCCACACAGGAGAGAAACCUUACAGAUGCCAGAAGUGUGGGAAAGGCUUUGCUCGGAAGUAUGGCCUUGUGCGUCAUCAGAGAGGCCACACAGGAGAGAAACCUUACAGAUGUCAGCAGUGUGGGAAAGGCUUUGCUUGAAAAUCAUACCUUGUGGUCCAUGAGGAAAGCCACACAGCAGAGAAAUCAUACAAAUGCCAGGAGUGCGGCAAGUCUUUUACUUCCGUUGCCAGCCUAACAAAUCACCAUAGGAUUCAUACAGGAGAGAAGCCAUAGAAAUGCAAGUGCUGUAGGAAAUUUCUGCUCAGUAUUCACACCUUUUGAGGCAUUAUAAAAUCCGCACAAGAGAGAAAGUGUGGAAAUGAGGAGCUGAAAAUGCUUUUUUUUUUUGG